AUUUUCUUUUCGUGUGCCGUGUUGAGGCUACCAACAUGAGUACGCUCCGUUUGCAAAAGCGACUCGCAGCCGCGGUGCUGAAAUGCGGUCGCAACAAGGCCUGGUUGGACCCCAAUGAAGUUCAGGAGAUCGCAAAUGCCAACUCUCGCGAGAACAUCCGAAAGCUGAUCAAAGACGGUUUGAUCAUCCGCAAACCCGUCAAGAUCCACUCGCGUUUCAGAUGCAGGAGGAACGCCGAAGCUCGCAGAAAGGGUCGUCAUUGCGGUAUCGGUAAGAGGAAGGGUACCGCGAACGCCCGUAUGCCCACGAAACUCCUGUGGAUCAGGCGACAGCGUGUCCUCCGACGUCUUCUGAGGAAGUACCGAGAGGCCAACAAGAUCGAUAAGCACUUGUAUCGUGAGCUGUACUUGAAAUCGAAGGGUGCCGUCUUCAAGAACAAGCGCAACCUUAUGGAGCACAUUCAUCGUAAGAAGGCCGAGAAGGCUCGCACGAAGAUGCUCAACGACCAGGCCGAAGCCAGACGUCUGAAGGUCAAGGAGGCUCGCAUCCGACGAGAGCAGCGAAUCCUUCAGAAGAAGCAAGAACUGGCCGGAGGAGAUGAAAAGAAGGCCCAGACCGCCGGGGAUAAGAAAUAAACAGAUUCCGCUCGGUUAUCGUUACGAAUAAAAGGAGCGUUCCAGUGGAAGACAA